AAAAAAGCUCACCACACGCCCCCCAACAAUUCACACAAACUCCAAAAACGGGGACACCACACACACACACGCCCCCUCCAUUCCAGCCAAUCACGUCCCACACAAUUCACCGGAAUGGCCCAUCAUCCUCCCUCCGGACUUGCGGCCUCCGUUGCUCCCGCUUCUUUUUUCCCUUCUUUUUCCAGCAUUCCCUCUUUGUCCCUCUAUCGUCGUCGCUAUUUUUUUUUCUACAGCACUCAUACAUACUCCAUUAGUGCUAUGCCUAAUAAAACCGCUAGCCCGUAUUACCAAACUUCAUUGUUUGUUUUUGCCUAUCUCAGGUCCGGAGAAAAGUAACCUUGAGGCUUUGCCUAAACAAGACUGAGGGGGGUGAACAUUUCGUGUCUACUAUACUCCGUCUUAUUCUUUUCUCCAAGGUUCUUUUCGGCUAUGAGCGGUGGAUAAGGUAG